CUCUUCUUCUGCUCCUCUCCCCUCGCUCUGCGCAUCACUGCACACCUCUCACUCCUUUUCCCUUCUCUUUCUCUGCUCCCAACUUUUCCCUUUCCUCCAACCCAGCCCCUCUCACCCACUCUAUGAAGCACUGAUUCACCACUGGAGACCCCCAACCUGCAGCAGGAUCAGGACCCCCGCCCCACACCUGGGAUCCCCAUUCUGCAUAAUGCCCCUCCAGAUAUUCUGCACCAUCUCCUUCUCCAACGAGGAAGCACCAAGAGAUGCCACAGCAGCUGGGAGAGGAGAGAACGGAGCCGAUGAGUUCCUGUACGGGCAGAAGGAGGAAGAAGAGGAGGAAGAGGAGGACACAGGGGCAGCCACAGACUUCGUGGCCUUUGCCAGCAGCUGCACACUGCACGGGCUGAGCCACAUCUUCGUGGAGGGCAGCCUGGGUGUCCGGCAGGCGCUCUGGGCGCUGGCUUUCCUCCUGUCCCUCUCCGUCUUCCUCUACCAGGUGGCCGACCGCAUUGUGUACUACCUGGAGUACCACCACGUCACACUGCUCAGUGAGGAGGACAGCCCCGAGAUGACUUUCCCCGCCGUCACCUUCUGCAACAUCAACCGGGUGCGGGUCUCGCAGCUCAGCCACGAGGACCUGCUCUACCUCGCGCCCCUGGUUGAUUACGAGCCCGGGAUGGAGCUGGGCUUUGUCCCAGCCCAGUUCAGCUCUUGGGAUGAGGAUGAACCCCUAAAUUUGCACGGGUUUUUUAACCGCACUUGCCACCAGCUGGAGGACAUGCUGCUGAGCUGCAGCUACCGGGGCGAGCAGUGUGGCCCCGGAGACUUCGUGGCGGUGAGUAGCCCUGUCCCACUGCUCUGGGGACCAGAUGGUGGCACAGUUCUUUUGCCUGGCACAGUCAUCUCCUGGCUCCUGUCGCCCCUUACCUGCCCUACAAUCGCACCUUCUCCUCUCCCCUUUCCAUUACCUGGGACUGCUCAGUAUGACGAGCGCUGCGUUCGCAGCUUGGGAUGGGGAAAAGCAAAGCCCUGGGCAUAGAGCAGGCUCCUGGAGGAUUCCUGCUGCCUGUCUCCUGGCCUCAUAAGGAGAGGGAAGGGACCAGGGAGCAGCUCCCACCAGCAUCGUGUCAGAUCAGCCACAAUGGGUGAUGCUGUCCAUGCUUGGAGACAGGCACCCAGGCAUCCUGGUGGUGUUGGUGUUGAUGAGACACCUCCAUCCUCAUAUCCCCACCACACCUCGGGAUUUGGGCUUGGUACUGUGCAGCCUGCAGCCUGCUGGCCCCAAAUGAUCCCUUUGCCAGUGGCAGCUCAGCAGCAUGGAGCUGUGCUGGCAGCCUGAGGUGAGAGCUGGAAUGGGUAAGAGGAGAGGUGGGGGGGGGGUGUUGAGGAUCUUAUCCAGCCCCCAUCUGUGGGACUGGAGGCGAUGGGGCAGAUACUGGUGAGGGCACAGGGCUGAGUGCCGCAGUCCUGGUGCUGCGGGAUCAGAGUGCUGCAAAUCUGCAAAGCAUCUUCACUGACCUGCACCCACCGCCUUGGUGGGGAUCUUGUCCUUCUAUCAGGGCAAAGGCAGCUCCGAUGCUAAGAGACCCCAUGGGGCAGGGGUCUGGGUCUGGCUGUUCCCCAGGCUGGGCAUGGCUGCAUUCUGGGAUGGGUUCUGGCUCCAUAUUGUAGUUCCAGUGGCAGUCUGGUGCCAGCAGAGGGGCCCCAGCCUCAGCCUUGUGUCCUC